CGAACGGAUUCCGCCCUUUAGCUCCCCGUUUCAUUAUCUUCCCCAAUCCGUAACUGAGGCAAAAAUCAAGGCAGGGCGCCCUACCUUGCCCUACUGGGUCCUCCGCCCGUGCUCUGAAAUGUCAAAUUCGUUGGAGUGAGAGUUGUGAUUCAGGGAUUGAAACUUGGAUGUUUGUGAGAUAGAAGUGUGCCUUGAUAUUUUGCUGGUGGAGAUUGGGAGACCAAAUAGGGGGCCCUGCCUGAUCCAACAUAUGGCACGCAGGCUAGUUGUGUCUACCAGGGAGAUGAAGUAGACAGAGGAAAUAUGCAGGAUUUUGGACAAUGGCUGCCUCAAUCACAGAACACGGCCGAUCUAUAUUUCUCAAGUAUGGUGUCGUCUCAGUUGGACACUUCGAUAGAGACACAGGUUAGAAAUAGUGCAGUUGCACUUUUGGAGAAAGAGUCCACUCAUUCAUUUGACAUUAGGGAUGGUGCUGGGCAUAUUGAAGUCAUUAGAAAUGAUGCUGGGGCAAUCAAAGAAACUGAAAAUGGCGCUGGACUUACUGAUGGUAUUGACUUGAACAAGACGCCACCACCGAAGACUAAGAGGAAAAAACACAGGCCAAAGGUAUUGAAACCGUCGAAGACUCCUAAGUCUGCAACACCAAAGCCUUCCAAGGAAAAAGAGGAAAGACCAUCUGGUAAAAGAAAGUAUGUCCGUAAGAAUACGCCAGCAGGCCAACCUCCCCCUGAACAGGCUGCGAAUUCACACUGCAGUGCUAAGCUGAAACCAGCCAUGCGAUGUUUGAACUUCAAUGGGGCAGUUCCCCAGGAGAACCCACAUCCUGGAUCCCAAGCUCAGGUGGUAUCUACUAAUCUCAAGGAUUAUCAACCAUCCAUAUCUUCUACCAGUCAAGGAAAUGUUCAAAGCCAGUUGGCAUGUCAUCUGGGUUAUACGCCCACCAGCUCAAUAUACAGUUCAGCCAAUCAGAUGGCUGAUGUGCAUCUAUUGCCUGCAGAUAAUAAUAAUAUGACAGAAGCACUUUACAGUUCAGCCAAGCAGAUGGCUAAUGCACAGUUAUUGCCUGCAGAUAAUAUGCUAAAAGGAGUAUCACUUGACCUCAAUAGUUCUACAAAUCAGAUACAGAAUGAGUAUGCUAAUUUUGUUGACAGGCCUACAGAAUUUUUCCAGUCUGGAAUAAUGGAAACAUUACGAACAGGUUCUUUGCUAGAGCUCUGUUCUGGCAUGCCAGAUAAGAACUUACCUGAUCUCAACAGAUCAAUCGGUCUAAUGCAGGGCAUGUCAACUGAUUGCACCGAUUACUUUCUUUCAUCUUCUCAAGCGUCCGUAAAAGAAACAAAAAUGGCCAGACAGAUGCUUAAUUGUCAUAGAGUGCCAGAAAAUCCAAUUACACAUGCUCAGUGUUCUGAAGGGGUUGCAAUGAGGGAAAAUUCAAACAGUAAUGUUUGUUCAAGAGAAGCAGGGGUAAAUAAUCCAAUGUUCUAUGGUUACAGAUCGACACAAAAUCCCAUCUCACCUCCUGUGAUGGAAAAUUUGAAUGAGCUUGCUACAAUAAAUGACUAUGUAAAGUUUACUGCCAGUUCUUACAGGCCAACAGGUGGUGCAUUUGGGCUUCAUGGUCCUCGUGACUCCGCACUGGAUAACAGAGGUGAACAUAAUGCUUCGGGUGGUGCUCAUAUUUCAUUAGGUGUAAAGUUCGACCAUCAAAGGAAUGGACGGGCAUCUGUAGGUGCUUCCCAUGCUGCAACCUCUCAGGGGUCAUAUUUUCCUGCAACUUACAAAAGAAUGAGAAUGGAUAAUCAGAGUAACUGUCUGAAUGUAGAUGUGGCCAAUUUUUCCGCCCCAUCUGGGUAUUUGUCGAAUAAUCGGAAUACAAAUGUGGUUUCAGCAAUCAACUCUAAUGUGUUUACCUUAGCUGAUGCUCAAAGAUUAAUAGCCCGUGAGAAAUUACGAGCUUCUCAAGGAAUUAUCAGGUUUGGAGCUUCAGGAAACGAUAUGGUUAAAAGGCCGGAAAUGGUCCGACAGGACCACAGACCUGCUAUGCAUGGCACGACAUACAUGGAUUCUGCUGAAGCAUCCGGCAGACAUUUCAGGUUCGGGACAGAGGAAUUUACACAGUUGCCUAGUAAUCCAAACAGCCUGCAAAGCCAAAACUAUAUACCAAGAAUUGAAAGCCAUCAACUUCAGCCUUUGGAAGGAAACACAGUUAAAGGGUCAGAUUUGCCAGCUGAACUGCAUAAGCAAAGCACUUCCCUUCAGAAGGAUACUCGAAAUAUUGUGUGCGUUGAUCCUUCUGACGAGCUUGGCAGAAGAGUCAACGGGGAAAGAUCUAGGUUCUCUGUGCCUCCAACAACCCAGUCAACCAGUAAUGAUACUGCAAAAAAAAAUAGUCCCCAACUUUCUGGAGAAGUAAUUAGGCCUCUUAUCAGUCCAAUGAACCCAUCACCAUGCACUGAUGUUCUCAGCACCGAGAGUUAUCAAGUGGAGGUUUGUGGAGAAACCACUGCAGCUAAACCCAGUGAGAAGCGAAAAGUAGGACGCCCCAGGAAAGAGAUAAAACCUGGCGUGAAGCCAAAACCUAGGGGUCGUCCAAGGAAGGAAAAGUUGCUUGGUACAGAACUCAAGUCUAGCCAUACCGAUCCAUUACAAAUUGGGGAUAUUUCUUUUGUUUCCGGACCUCAUGUGAGAGAGUCUCUUGCUCCCAAAGGGGUUAAUACGGAAAGAAGUGGAGAAAGCUUUCUCAGAAACAUAGAAUCCCUGGCAGAUCCUUUGGAUCUUAUAAUUCAAAAGAUAAAAGUCUUAGACAUAAACAAAUCAGAUGACACUGGGGCAGUUGAGCUGCAUAGUGCUCUUGUCCCAUACAAAGGAGAAGUUGGUGCAGUUGUUCCGUAUGAGGGAAAAGUGAAAAGAAAACGUGCUCGGGCCAAAGUGAGCCUUGAUCCCGUAACUGCUUUAAUGUGGAAGUUAUUAAUGGAGCCAGAUAUGGUGGAUGGUUCUGAAGAGAUGGAUAAGGAUAAAGAGAAAUGGCUAGAUGAAGAAAGAAAAAUAUUCCAAGGACGUGUCGACUCAUUCAUUGCUCGCAUGCAUCUAGUUCAAGGAGAUCGCCGUUUCUCUCCAUGGAAAGGAUCAGUUGUGGAUUCAGUAGUCGGGGUUUUUCUUACUCAGAAUGUUUCAGAUCAUCUUUCCAGCUCAGCAUUUAUGGCUCUUGCUGCUAAAUUUCCUGCAAAGUCAGAAGUCUCUAAAAUACCUUCAGACAGGAUGUUUCAUACACCGUCAGAAAAGAAUGGUGGUUGUUCUGGAUUGUUUGGUGAUUCUGUCAAAUUGCAGGGCAAUAUCCUUGUUGAAGAGGUAAGUAACACAACAGGCUCCUUAGUUACAACAGAAGAAAAGGAAGGAAGUAACAGUAUUGGAUUGUUUGGAAAUUCUCCUGGAGGUGGAGUAGACUGUGCAGCAGGAGUUUAUUAUAAUUCUUGUGGGAUGCUACCAGUUAGACUGCCUGAGAGCAAGCCACCAUCUGUUGGGACUGGAAGCUUCGUUGAAGUUGACGAUGGGGCACUGGAGGAUGUUGUUUCGUCACAAAACUCUACUAUUUCAUCUCAGAGUUCUCCUGAUUAUCUGCUUCAUGUGACUGAUCCUAUGUUUCCUAGCAGAUUACUAAAUUUUACAGUAGAAGAUUUUGUUGGCAGAAAUAUGGCCCAUGGCACAAGCAAUUCAACCACGUAUACAGAACUUCUAAAGAUGCAAGAGCUAAAGAGCAAGCCUAAUGAAAACAGUGGAUUAUUGAAAUAUGGAGCUCAAAUACAAGUUACAAACAAGAGGUCAGUGCUCAAUGAAGUACGCAAUCCCAGCCUCAAGCAUCAGCCUCUUCAUUCUUCUGUCUCUUAUCACCAGAACGGCCAAGCUCAUCUCCCAGAUAUAACAUAUGCGAAUGAUUUGGAGCACUCAGUAUACCCUGGCAUUAAUAGAAUAGAUGAUUCCAGUGGCACAGUAGCUCCGGCUAGAUUUGAUUGUCCUUUGCCUUCUCCUGGAACUGAUAGUGAAAAUAAAACCAAAAUGACCGAUUCUUUAACUGCCCUUUUAUAUUGUAUCGAUGAGUCUUUAAGUCACAACAAAAUUUCUUUCCCUUAUGGCACCACGCCAGGAGCUGACUUGAGUUCACCAAUGAUUGACAAAUAUUUUCAGCCAGCAAGUGCAGAUACAGUGUCAUUUACCAGGGAGCAGUCCUAUGAAAAGAAUCUUUCAAGAAAUGGCAUUGAAGCUGCACUUGUGGAACAGCAUGAUACACUGAAUUUGCAAGAGGAAUGUACUACCAGAGCAAACCAAAUUGGAGGUGACAAUCAUCAGUCAGUAUGCAGCCAACAGUAUGGCAACGUUGGACUUCCAACAAACAAGGAUGAGAGUCGUUAUUCUUCAAACUUAUGUCAAAACGAGAAAGCAAAUUCUGAACCCCUACAGGGAGUUGCUUUAGAUUCGAUAGAGAAACUGAAAGAUAUUAGAAAGUCUUUUCCUGAAGUUCCUGCUGAUGGAUCAUCAAAAGCAAAGAAGGCGAGAGUUGGGACUGGUAAAAAGAGAGCAUAUGAUUGGGAUAUUUUACGAAAAGAAGUGCUUGUCAAUCAUGGAAAUGAAGAAAGAGCUAAUAAUGCAAAAGACGCACUGGAUUGGGAAACAAUAAGGCAAAUAGACGUGAAGGAAAUAUCUGACACAAUAAGAGAAAGAGGAAUGAAUAACAUGCUGGCAGAGCGGAUAAAAGCGUUUCUAAACCGAUUGGUGACAGACCAUGGUAGCAUUGAUCUUGAAUGGUUGCGCUAUGUCGAUCCAGACAAAGCAAAGGAGUACCUCUUGAGCAUCAGAGGUCUUGGACUCAAAAGUGUAGAGUGUGUGCGUCUUUUGACACUCCAUCAUAUGGCUUUCCCUGUGGACACAAACGUUGGUAGGAUAUGUGUGAGGCUUGGAUGGGUGCCACUUCAACCCCUACCCGAGUCUCUUCAGUUGCAUCUGUUGGAGCUGUAUCCGAUGCUGGAGAACAUACAGAAAUACCUCUGGCCACGAUUAUGCAAGCUUGAUCAACGAACAUUGUACGAGCUUCACUAUCAAAUGAUAACAUUUGGAAAGGUGUUUUGUACAAAAAGUAAGCCAAAUUGCAACGCAUGCCCAAUGAGAGCUGAGUGCAAGCAUUUUGCGAGUGCAUUUGCAAGUGCUAGGCUUGCUCUUCCUGGACCUGAAGAGAAGAGUUUGGUUACAUCAGGAAACCCAAUUGUAGCAGAGAGUUGCCAACAGCCAUAUAUAAGUUCUAGGCCUCUAAAUCAACUUGAUUGGAAUGCACAUCCCCAUGACCAUGUUCUGGGUAAUCGCCAACCAAUCAUUGAGGAGCCAGCAAGCCCUGAACCAGAACCAGAGACUGCAGAGUUAAAAGAGGGUGCUAUAGAGGAUAUGUUCUUUGAUGAUCCUGAAGAAAUUCCUACAAUUAAGCUUAAUUUCGAGGAGUUUGCACAAAAUCUGAAGAACUACAUGCAAGUAAAUAACAUUGAUAUCGAAGAUGCUGAUAUGUCAAGUGCCUUGGUUGCGAUAACUCCAGAAGCUGCAUCUAUCCCAACUCCUAGGCUCAAGAAUGUUAGUCGUCUAAGAACAGAGCACCAAGUCUAUGAGCUACCAGACUCGCAUCCACUUCUGGAAGGAUUUGACCAAAGAGAGCCUGAUGAUCCUUGCCCGUACCUACUCUCUAUAUGGACCCCAGGUGAAACAGCUCAAUCAGCUGAUGCACCUAUGACGUCUUGCAACUCUCAUGAGAGUGGUAAACUAUGUGACAGCAGUGCAUGCUUUAGUUGCAACAGUAUACGAGAAGUGCAGGCUCAGAAAGUUAGGGGAACACUUUUGAUACCAUGCCGAACAGCUAUGAGAGGAAGUUUUCCACUUAAUGGGACGUAUUUCCAAGUAAAUGAGGUAUUUGCUGAUCAUGACUCGAGCCGAAACCCAAUCGAUGUUCCAAGGAGUUGGAUAUGGAAUCUCCCUAGGAGAACAGUUUACUUUGGAACUUCAGUUCCUACAAUCUUCAAAGGUUUAACAACUGAAGACAUACAGCAUUGCUUUUGGAGAGGAUUUGUGUGCGUGAGAGGUUUUGAUAGAAUAUCUAGAGCACCAAGACCACUGUAUGCAAGGCUUCACUUUCCAGCAAGCAAAAUUACAAGGAAUAAAAAACCUACAGCUUCUGCAGCUAGAGAUGAUGCAUAGGCCUUUGGGGAAAUAAAAAGGUACAUAGAAGACCCUGCCAGAAGAUCACUGACCAAAAGAUGGAUCGCUGACCAAUAAGUUACUGUCAACAAUUCAACCAUUUUAGCCUUGUACAUCCGUGAACAUUAUAAACGUCAGCCACUCACAAAUUUGUGAAAAGAUGACGAUUAUUGAGCAACAUGAUCCAUACUGCAGAUCUAUGAUUGUUUGGUACCACCAUCACAGUAGUUCAAUACAGCAGAUGGGAAGAAAAGGAAGCCUGCUGUCUGGUCGUUCUGAUUGUAAUUUCAUGUGAUUCGGAUUAACUGUUGUACCUGGGAAGAGUCAUCUGUUGAAAGAUUGUUAUGUUGUUCAGUAAUUCAUUCAUGUGAAGGAUGUUAAAUUAUUCGUCAAUUAUUUGGUUGUUUCAUUGAUGAGGCCAACUCCUGUUGCGUGUUGAGACAUAUAUGUACAUAUGUAUUACUAUGCUAAAAGUGGUUUUUGAAA